UUUUGUCAUUGCAAAUUAGACACACCGCAGAACCUGCUCUCUCCACAAAGGCAAAUUCUUCGGUCCAUUGGUCCUGAAAUGUACGAUACUCUUCGUCUUUUUUUCUUUUCGCCAUCUUCUUCGUCGAAGGGUUAGCCUUGAGCUAAUGCCCGAGCAGACUGAUUCAAAAGGGGGCAUUUACCUGUUUACCCAGCAACAGCCAACGUAGGCUAUUAUCAUCCAAUUAAAAUAAUGGACUGCUCCUGCAGCCAAUAGCAAGCCUGAACAGGACAUAAGCGGUGGAAAAUCGAUGGAUGGAUAAAAACUUGUUUUAAUCCAUCCAAAUUAAAUAUUUUAUGUUUUAUCUGCGAGUCAGAUGCAAUCAUCAAAAGAGCCACACCUGGCUCGCGAGCCAUACGUUCCCGACCCCUGCUUUAACUCUUUAACGUCCUGCGGGUUUACUGGAAAGUGCCUCGGAGCCCGCGCGCCGUGAUGGCAGUGAAGGCCCCGCCAUAUCAGUGACCCACCAUUGGUGGACCACCAAUCAGCAGAGGGUCUGCAGGUGAGCAACGGGAAGACAAAGGGUGUUGUUCUCUACGGGAGAAGUAACACAAAUACGGUCGGAACGAUGGAAAACAAGGGUAGCCAGGUGCAGAACAUUGAGCGAGUGCAGGCUCUGGAAGCCUGGCUGGAAACGACCAACACCAAGCUGACCCAGGUUAACGGCCAGAGGAAGUACGGAGGACCACCUGAGGGGUGGGACGGUCCAACCCCAGCUGAGCGCUGUGAGGUCUUCAUCAGCCACAUCCCUCGGGACACCUACGAAGACCUGCUCAUCCCCUUGUUCAGCUCUGUGGGGCCUCUCUGGGAGUUCCGCCUCAUGAUGAACUUUAGUGGCCAGAACCGGGGCUUUGCCUAUGCUAAAUAUGGCACACCGGCCUUCGCCACCGAGGCCGUCCUCAAGCUGAACGGCUACAUGCUGGAGCCCAAGUGCUACCUCUGUGUCCGCCGCAGCACAGAGAAGAGACACCUCUGUAUUGGAAAUCUGCCGGCUGCCACUAAACAAGAAGACCUGAAGCAGGUGCUGCGGCGGCUGGUGGACGGGGUGGAGAGGGUUUCUCUGAAGACCGGUCCUGGCAUACAGGGGGUCUCUGCUGUCGUUGCCUUCUCCUCCCAUCAUACCGCGUCGAUGGCCAAGAAGGAUCUAGUGGCAGAAUUCAAGAAGCGAUUUUCAUUGGAGAUUUCCAUCAAGUGGGAACCAGGAGAGAACCUGAGCCCCUUCCAGACAUGUUCUCCUCCAGCCCCAAAGAUUCUGCUGCAGCCGUGCUUCGUGCCCUGCAGCCAGGCCGUCUCUCACCCUUCAGCCCCGCCACAGCUCCAGCCUGCUGCUCCGCCCGUCUCUCCAGGGUUCUGCAGGGCGGUGGGGGAACCAGUCUCCCCCCCGCACCCACACGUGCGUUACGCCGUCCCGGCCUCCCACCACCCCCAGCAACACAUGGUCUGUGCGCCAUCCCCGAUGAUGCUCCUCCAUAAGGUUUGCGAGGCCAACGGGUUUGGUCAGCCAUUCUAUGAGCUAGACUACAGUUUGGCCAGACCAGAUGGCUUCGUCAAAUUUACCUACAAGGUUCUGAUCCCCGGCAUCAGCAGACCCUUCAGGGGGAAGGUCAUGGUGCUGCCGGGACCCAGUGUCAAAGUAAUGCUGGAGGAGGCUCAGCGGGCCGCCGCCCAGCAGCUGCUGCAGAAGAUGUUCCACAACCAGCAGGUGGCCUGAACACUCCACCGGCUUCCAGCGGCAACAUUCCUGUUUCACAUCUGUUUUACUGAACAAAAAAAAAGAUUUCAUUCCGUCAUUUCUUCUUCUUUUUUUUUGCAUGUUUUUAAUAGUGUUGGUUAACUUGUGUGUCCAGUUUGAAUUUAAGAAGUUUGUUUGCAUGCUUUUUUAAAAAUAUUUAUUUUAUUUUUGCU